ACGCUUGUUUAUAGUAAUGGCUGCUCACGUCCCUCUUCUGACAUACAUAUAUUCAUAUUGAAUAUAACUUCUUGAAGCACAAUGCAAAGAUAUUCCAUCAAAAAUCUGCCUCAAUAAAAAGAGUAAUCAAUUUGGAUUAAUAAAAGAAAUGACUUUCGUAUUCCUAGUACAGGGAUUGAGAUGAUAUUCAUUAAUGAUGUGCCGGUAGGAAGAUUCUAGCACUUGCCAAGCGUCCAGUCUGAUGGCUGUGAUGUCAUCAGCUAUGCUACUCACAGCCACUAGGGGGUAAUGAUGUGACAGCAUUUAUCGAGCAUCUGGUGGGAUUGCGUGGAUGUUGCUUUUUGAGUUUUGAGUUUUUGUUUAUUUAUUUUUCAUGUAUAAUUUUGAGUUAUUUUGACUUUAUUUUUAAGAUUGUAUUUAGUGUUAGCUGUUUUUCUUUAAAAAAAGAAAAUCCAAUUUAUCUAUUCAAAAAUUUGUCUAUUUUGUAAAAAUGUUUACGUUUGUUUUUUGAAGUUUUGUUUUGCCUUUUUAAAAAUAUGAAUUUCUUUUCUUUUUUUAAUUGAAAAAAAAUUACCUGUAUUUUUUAAAAUUUUCAUUUAAUAUUUUGACAUUUUUAUGUUUUAUUUGAUGUUAAUUUUAUUCAAAGGGGCACGUGGGCGACUCACCACUUAAACGGACAUAAGUCCACUUUCCAACUCGAUGUACGUCGAUGAGGAUAACAAGAAUUAAUUCAACUUAACUCCAGUAAUUAAAGACCAACUAGUUUGUUGCUUUAAAAGCUGCCAAAACCAGGAAGUGGAUGCAGAAACAGGAAGUAAAUGUGCACAUGCUGUGAUGAUUAGUUAGCGUCAUAAUCCUUUAUUUGAUCGAUCUGAGAAAUGUGCUCCAAUGGUCUGGCAUUAACUUUUGUCUGUAGGACCCGAGCAAGAAUGUAUCAACUCCCGGUGACCAACUUGGAGAAAGUCCGCAAAGCGCGCAAGGCAGUGAAGAAUGUGCUGGGCGAGAUCGGCCUGGAGGACUGCCAGAACUUCCUCAAGGAGCUUGAUGGUAAAAAUGUCGAGAAAGACACCAAGGAAGACUCAAAGGAAGAAGAUCCAUUAAUGGGCACCGAGUGGACCGACUUCACCGACGGCUAUAACGGACGACAACGCAAGAAGUGGCCUUACCGCUCUCGCACCAUGUGCUGCGUCAUGUGCAAGUACUCGUCCAAGAACAUCUACCACUACCGCAACCAUGUGGCGCGAUGCCACGAGUACCUGCAGCGGCUGUGCUCGCUCUCCUCCUGCCAGCGCUGCGUCUUCGUGGCACACCCGCGCGCCGUCAAGAGGCACAUCCUGCUGUUCCACGGGGGCCGCGCACAAGAGCCGGGUGCGCCGCCGGCGUCGGCGGCUCCGGCCCCCGCGGCCCCGCCGCCGGCCGCCGUGGUCAACCGUGCCAUUGAGCGCUAUAAGUGCAGGAAGUGCUCCUACCCGUCGCAUUCCGUCUUCGCCGUCAAGAAGCACAUCAUCCUCAAGCACAUGGAGAGCGUGGCGGAGCAGUACAUCGGGUACCGCCACCCCAUAGCGGGUUCCAACGCCAAGCUGUACUGCUGUAAAGUGUGCAACGUCAACACGGGCAACCUGGACCAGAUGCUGCACCACAUGCUGGUAGAGCCCAAGCACUACAACGUCAGCACGCAGGUGCAGACGAUGAUCUACGACAACAAGGCGGCCCCCGCCGCCGCCCCCAGGGCUGUGUCCACGCCUAACGGCAACGGGGUCUACGUCACGUUGCCCAACCUGGCGCCCAAGCCGACGAACAAUAAGCCUUUCGUGGUGCCCGGCAACGGGCAGAACGGCAGCGGCACCGUGGUGGCGUUACAGCAGCUCCAAGGAGCGUCCAACAGCGCCACCCUGAUCUGCGCCCCCGGCAGCAACCAGGGUUUCUUGCCCCCGCAGGCGUCGGCACUGGUCCAGUUGGCAAGCGCCGAGGCUAAGGGCUUACUUCAGCCUGGCGCCACCAUCUCCCUGCGGGGAUCCUCGGUGGUGCAGUAUCCCGGCGUAAAGCCGGCCACGCCGUCGGUGGCCUCGCCUCAAGCGCAGCAGAUCCUGAUUCCGGCGCCCAAACCCGCCGGCGCACAGAUCCCGCCGGCCAACCAGGUGACGCUCCAAGGCACGAUGUUAACCUCGCAGUCUCUCCUGAGCCACCUAAUCCCCACUGGCAACCGCGUCAACGGCAUGCCCACGUACACGUUCGCGCCCCUCCAGGUGGCGGUGCCCGUCACGCAGAGCUCGAUCAAGCCCGCCGAGCACACCGCCAACCAGGCCAAGAAGUGGAUCACCUGCCCCCUCUGUAACGAACUCUUUCCCUCCAACGUCUUCGACAUGCACAUCGAGGUGGCCCACCAGACCAAGUUGGCCGCGGCCCGCACAGAGAGCCUGGCGGGCCGGGCGGCCUUCCUCAAGAAGAUGCCCGACAAGACCAUCAAGUGUCUGACUUGCAAGGUGCUGCUGUCGGAGAAGAGCGUUCUGCAGCACCUGCUCCACGGCCUCAGCUGCCUCUACUGCUCCACCUUGUUCUUCUCCGUUAAGCAGCUGUCGGAGCACGUCAAGAAGCACAACCCUACAGGCAAGCUCUACUGCGACUUCCUGCGCCAGAACUACAAGAUCUACACCAAGGGCAACGCCGGCAUCCUGUUCCCCUACUUCGACGUCACCACCGAGGCGCCCCAGGAGAUCCUGGGCGAGUGCGAGGUCAACCUGGCUCUGGUCACCAGCUCCCUGGAGCUCAUUUACGUCAAGCUGCAGCCCAGCAGUCAGCCCGAAGUCUGCUCUGCGCCCAUCAAAGUCAACGCCUCCUGCUGCCCCUUCUGUGACGAGAAGUUCCAGGAGGAGGCCAAGUACCUGCAGCACCUGAAGCAGAAGCACCUGGUGGCGCCCACCAUACACGCCAUCCUCAAGACCGACGCCUUCAAGUGUAUCUACUGCAACGGGGUCUACACGGGGAAGGUGACCCAACAGGCCGUCAUGCUGCACAUCCAACGGUGCCGCUGUUCCCCGAAGCCCCCGCAGGUGCCCAAAAUCACCGUCCCGGCGCCUCCGCAGGUGCCCAAACCCGCUCAGAUGCCUCGCCAACCCUCGGGGCUCUACUUCCUCCAGGUGCCCCAAGGGGUGACGGUCAAACCGGCGCAACCAAAGACAGCGGUGCAACCAAAGACACCACCGCAGACCAAGGAGCAACUCGAGUCCACCAGGAGGCUGGAGGCCGCUUUGAAGCAGGUCAUCGAGUUCAACAAGCGGGAGCGCGAGCAGAAGGCGGCCGUGCGCAGGAAGGAACCCCCGGAGCCCGAAAUUUCGGCCGACCCCAACAUCAAGUUGGUGCUCGAGCCGGCGUCCCAGGACCGCCGCGGGCACGAGGAGCGGCGUGACUUCAUCGCCCGCUACUUCAACGUCAGGCCGUACGUCGGCCGCGCCGAGACGGAAGAGCUCUGCCGACGCCUGUCGCUCAGCAAGUCUGAGCUGGUGGCGCUCUUCAGCAAGAAGCGCAUCCGCUGCAUGAAGAGCUUCAGGAGCAGCAAAGCCGCCGUGCUCCUGGGCUUCGACAUGGCGCGACUCGCGCGGCUACAACACCCUCUCGCCGUCCCCGAGCAGAGGUCUGUCGAGUCCAGGGAGGCGCAGCUGGAAGAGCUGGCGGAGGUACCGGCGGAUGCCGCGGAGGUGCCGGCGGCAGGCGAGCCGGACGGAGCCAGGGCCGGGGGAAGAAGCGAAAAUGACAAAGUAGCUGCUGAGGUGCCCGUGGAGCAAAACAAUUGACCUCGGAAGGAUUCUCACACAGCCCCAGACGUGACAUUGGAACUUUUUCUCCAUUAGUCAGACGUAAUUGCCAUCUGUCCCCGUGAAAAGAGUUUUAUUUGUCUGCAGGUGUCACCAAAUUGUGCCAAAGCACUACUUUUCUAUUAGAAGAGCGCCUUGGUGCCAUCUUGAGGUGUUUCAGAGGAAAGGUAAAACAAAUGGUAUUCAUUUGAAGUUUAUGCGCACAUUUCUCUACUUUGUGGCUACAAAUGAGCAUUUGGUGCACAUUUUAAAUGUAUUUUGCGGCCACAAUUUUUAAGGUUUAAUUUCCGCCGUUGUCAUGUCUGGGGUGCAGUGAACCCCCGCCACCGUAGUGAAAAUGCACACGUAAUUGAUGCCCUUAAAAGGUUUAUGCUGUUCUGUAAUUGCCUACACGUGCCACCAGGAGGUGGCAAAGUCCUACUGUUGUCUGACUGAAGCUCCUUAACUCACAUCAACAGAUGGGACCAAAGCACUACUGAAAAACAGUUCAGUUGUUCAGAGACAAAAGGCUGAGUUUCAUAACAAUCUGCAAAUAUGCAGGGGUUCACUGUGAUUGUAAUUGAAACAGGGUAAACGGCGACAUAACUCAAAUCCUCACGUGGUUGUAGUUCUUUGGUUGGACACUAGAAGGAGCCAUUCUUCAAGUGGUGAAGUGGAUGAAAAGAGCAGACUUGCUGCUCCUGGCUCUUUCCACACUCACUUUUUCAUAUACGUGUGUAUAUAAUAUGUGUAUACUUUGUGUGUGUGUAUGUAUAUAUGUAUAUAUAUAUAUUUAUAUGGAUACAUGUGUGUGUAUAUAUAUUUACACAUAUAUGUAUAUAUAUUUACAUGUGUAUAUGUAUGUCUAUGUGUAUAUAUGUAUAUAUA